GCUAAAGAUCGGUUGCUCCGGUCGAUCGUUCCGUUCGUUCGUCGGGAGAAAGCAAGGCUCGUGCCGAAGAAGUUUCGACGGUCGGAAGUACGAGAGGACCGAAGAAAUUGCGUGUCGCAAGCGGCAGCCUUGCGGCCGAAAAUUACAUAGCAUUAACAGUAUCAACGCCGGCCGAUUCCUAACUGCUGCAGCCGGCUGACAUCGCGAGCUGCGCAGCCAAUUGUGAGGAGCCAUCUUUCUCAUCUUCUGCGGCAGUAACGUGCGUCUUCGUCGCGUCUGUCGCGUCGGAUUGUAAGCAACGAGCCGGAAAACGUCGGUCGAUUUCGAUCCCGGCGUUGCACACACCGCAACCUUUCGUCAGCUCGCUAUCGCCAAGAAAGAAAGGAAGAAAGAGAUAAGCCACGCCAAUAUGAAGGACCUCAUGAUACUCUGGCACUCUCUAGCGGGCCGCAAUUAUUCACGCUCGGUUAACAACACCAAUCACGACGGCCCCGAUAACGGCUCGGUCGACCAGGAUGAGCCGAGGACGCUUCCCCGACGCUCGAGCUUCCAAAGAAAGUCCUCGGUAAUGGUGAACAGAUUCUUCAACAUCGCGGUACCGGUGAACGCCGACGGCAGUCGAAAGUGGCCGAGAAAUAUUUUCAUGCUGAUGAUUCUGGGCUUGUUCGGCCUUGUGUCCGGUUGCUUCGUGCUGCUAUGUCGGCCAUAUGACGCCUUGUUGGGGUGGAAGAUAAUCUUCGGUGAGGGCGGCGAGAUCUUCGAGGCGUGGCGGAAACCCGAAGUCGAUCUCUAUCUGAAGGUCUACUUGUUUAACGUGACGAAUCGUGACGAAUACUUGGACGGCCGCGACAGCAAGCUGCGAUUCCAGGAAACUGGUCCUUACGUGUACAAAGAAUUGAUGGAGCACGCGAAUACAGUCUUCAAUGACAACGGUACGCUAACAACAAUACCGAAACAUCCACUGAAAUAUAUCCCGGAAAUGAGCAAUGGUUUAGAGGAGGAACGUUUAAUACUGCCGAACAUAGCGUUGCUCAGCAUCGCGAAUGUGAUGAGGGACACCUCAUACAUAACCCAAUGGGGACUGAACAUGUUCAUACGGCAAACAGAUCCUCACCCUCUGGUAGAAAUGACUGCGCGCGAAUUCAUGUUCGGCUACGAAUCGACUCUGACUACCAUCGGCAAUCAGCUGAUGCCCUCCUGGAUUAAAUUCGACAAGCUGGGAUUAAUCGACAGAAUGUACGAUUUCGACGGUGACUUCGAAACUAUUUACACAGGAGAGACCGAUGGUCGAAUGUCGGGAUUGAUCGAAAAGUACAACGGAGAUGUUAAUCUACCGCAGUGGAGCGGCAAAUGCGGGAACAUAAACGGCGCGAGCGACGGCACCAAGUUCCCAAGUUACAUUCAGCCGAACGACACGGUCCUCUUCUUUCGCAAGAGCCUUUGUCGGAGCGAACGGAUGGUACGAGUCGGUGAAAAGAUGGUGAAUGGCUUAUACUCGUACCACUACGCAUUCAUGGAGAACGAAUUGGAUAAUGGAGCAGUGAAUCCAGAAAAUAAAUGUUUCUGUCGUGAAGGCAAUUGUUUGAAACCCGGCUUAAUCGACGUGACCGAUUGUUACUAUGGAUUCCCCAUCGCCUUGUCGUAUCCACACUUCUACCAAGCUGACCCGUCGAUGUUGGAGGCCCUCGAAGGUCUGGAGCCUAAGAAGGAGCUACACGAAUCCUAUUGCUUCAUCCAACCCACGUCUGGAUUGCCCACGACCCUGGCGUUUCGCUUCCAAAUCAACAUGGUGCUGCAGGACAUCAGGUACAUGUCCAGAGUGGCAAAACUCGCCGACUUCACGCUACCACUGUUGUGGUUCGAAAUCGGGAUGAACGAGCUGCCGGAGGCUUUGAACACGCGUUUCUGGUUUUAUCUGUCCGUCGCACCUGCCAUGCAGGAAGUGUUGAUGUAUCUGUCCUUCUUUUCCGGCGCGGUGCUCCUCGUUUGGAGCAUCGUGAAGAUACUGUCCUAUCAGCAGAAGGAAUCGUCGAUGACCUGGCAGGAGGAGGAAAUGUCGAGAAGAAGGCAACGGGCCCACUGCGACAAAGAAAACGACCGGAAGGCGCGAGAAAUGGAUUCGUACAGUUCGUUGCUGGUGUCCGGUGAUACGGCAAUGAUAGUGUGAUGAUUCAAAGCCCGAGGACGCACCCAAACCUUACCUCUUUGAGUUUCCUAGCCAUGUGCUCGCCGAGCAAGCGAGACACAUUUAUGAUGACGCUCUCUCGAAAGCGAAGAAAACUACGUACGAAUUCGACAAACGGGAUCACGGUGCAUUAAACGAUCCUGUGCAAAAUGAAAAGGCGGAUUAGAAUCGCAGAAAUAGCCGAAAUAGAAUCGCAGAAAUAGGUUCUCAUCCAUAGCGUGCUACACUGGCACUUUCAACUUGCACUCGACUGCAUUUCGUUGAUGCUGUCAGUGUGAACGAGAAAUGUUAUGCAGGAUACAGUAUUGUAUAUUAUAAUACUAUAUCAUUGUAAAAUGUAUCAUAUUAUUAUAUUGUCACGUUUUUCUCUCUCUCUCUCUUUCUUUCUGUACCCAACUAGCAAAGUCAAAUGACGCUUUUUUCAACAACGUCCAAGUGAUGUCUCUAACGUCAAUCGGAGGUCAUGAAAAGACGUCACUUUGCUACUUGGAUAAGUUGCUAUCUGAAUGCUCAACUAUUAAGUGAUAAGGCAUUAAAGUAAAAUAUCACGGGAGAUUUGAUCGAUUUAAUCAAAUGCUUUUUUCAUUUAGUCGAAUUUUUGGUACUUUUGAUUUUGUAAAUCAAAACGAGCUUCUGUCCAAAGAGGUGACGGACGAAACUUUUUAUAUUGAAAUCACAGCGCAUGGUUUUCAUAUCAAUUAAAAUGUAUAGUUCUGAUAGUUGUUGUUUAUCUCCGUUCGUUAGUACAAAUGAGACUGUUAUGUUGCCCAUCACAAUUCGCCCAUACGAGAUUUCACAACAUAGCAAUCUAUUCGUAUCAUUGCAGUCACACACGUAGUCUGUUCUAAAACAUGAGACCCGGCGAUAGAAAAAUUUGGAAGGAAAAUUAAGUAAAUUUUUUGCGACUAACGCUUCGUGUGAUGUAACGUCCAAGUACGUUCCUCUAUAUUCCAUUUGUACUCAUCCUUUCGUUCUUGCGAGUUGAAUCGAAUUUUAAAUGAAAAUGAAACCAGAGCGAUUAUUAAAUAAUUGUCGGGAGUAAAUUUGUCCUAAAGAGAUGAAACGUAUCAAUCUUGAAAUAGUUGCAAGCAUUUCUUAUAUAAAUAUAAUACGAGGGUAUAUAUCUUAUAUAUGCGUGUUCAAUAUUGACAACGUUUGAAGUGCCAACGUGUUAUUAAUGAGAGAACGUCAAUUGCUAUACAUUAAAUCACAUGUACCAGUGUUAUCACUCCGUUUGCUCUCUUUAUCAUUUAUUCCGGAAACGGUAUUUCAAAUCUGUCGAACAAAAAUAAUGACAACAAAUGUAUAUUUAAAAUAGAGAUAUAUACAAAUGCGCAUUCAUCGUGCCGACUUUAUCAAGCUCAAAUCUUAGGUAGGAAACAUCAAAUUUACGAUCUCAUCGUUUCUAUAGCAUAUUUAGAAAUAUGGACAAUUUCCAAAAUUAUCGAUAAUAGGAAUCGUCACGUUUUGUGAAACAACGGAAAAAAUUGCACUUCAUUCGAUAUAAAAUAAUGCGUUUGUCAUCUACAUUGCUUGCGUUUAUCUCGCAUGGUUUCACUGUAAAUAUGUAAAUAAUAGAUAAGUAAACAACUGCAGAAGCAAUGUAGACACAGAUAAGUAGCCGUUGAUCUUUCGUAAAAAUGAACAUGAUCUCUCUUCGGAAAUCUGCUAUUUUUUUUUACGAAAAGAAAAAAAAGGUGACGGUAACAUUACAAUGUUACAAUUUCUCACUCAACAAUGUAACUGUUAUGUACAACGCAUGUUAUGUUGUACUUGUAUUGUUGAGUGAGAAAUUAUAACACUGAUGUAAUAUUGGUUGGUGUUUAUCGAAGCAGAUCAUAAAUGAACAUGAGAAUAACUCAUAGGUCAAUGACAUAUUUUCUUCGGAAUCUCUAUAUCUUGCCUUAUUUAUACAUAUAUUGUACGAUAUUAUUUAAGACACUCUUACAUUAAAUAUAUGCAUUUAAUAUUAAUUUUAAUUAUAUACACACACAUAUAUAUGCACGCGUGCGCAUACGUACACAACUUUAUAAAUUAGUGUUAAACAGUACUAUGUAAUAACGUGAUUACAUCUACAGUGCAUAAUACAAUACUUAAAAGUACGGGUUGAUUUUUUAUAUCGUCUGUAUAUAUAUUACAUAAAUGUAGGGAGGUUUUUUAUAUUUGCAAAAUGUGAUAAUGUAACGGACUUUAUAAGAAAUCUGUUGCACAUUGUAAGAAAGUCAAUAUAAUAAAAAAAGAAGAAACAUAUAACGAUAUGAGGUGAAUUUUAUUUUUUCCCGAACGCGAUGACUUAACGAUCGUACAGUGUUAAAUUAUAAACAACUACAGCUGUAAGCACACUAAAUACAACAUAUUACAAGUAGAUAAUCGCAUAGAUAUAUUUUUAUUCACAAUUGAACUCAUUGGUCAUCUUAAACGGUGUUGUCUUCCCGUUGUUCGGCAGGCGAAAUCAGGUGAGGAAACAUAGAUGGAAUUUGAAAGAAGAUAAUUCCUCAAGUUUGGCUCAUGAAUUUUAC